AUGUUGUCAUCAGUUCCACAGAGAAAGACUUGGUGGAAAUCAAAGAAGAUAGUAAAAGUCACAAGAUCUUUUCCAACAUUCCCUUCCCUGAAUGCCUGGGAAGAAGUCAGGGGCCUCUUGUCCGUGGAUGGGGAGCCAAACCCUGGAGUGGGCCUGGGUGUGGAGGAGGGACUUCUCUGCCAGAUGCUUCGUUCUCCAGAAUUCAACCUGUUUCCUGACUCAGUGGUGUUUGAAAGCAACUUUGUCCAGGUCAGAAAGGGCAGGAACUGGAUAGACAUCUACAAACCCUCCAACACCAUGGCCCUUGGGGUAACCUCCUCCGUGCCCUGCUUGCCCCUUCCCAAUAUCCUCCUCAUGGCUAGUGUCAAAUGGCACCAGGGACAGAGCCAGACAUGGAACAGACCAUCUACGGCCCCAAACAUCAAGCUGAAGAGGAUCCUCCCACUGAAGUUCGUGGAGUUCCAGGUCUGUGACCGGCUUCAACGCAUCUUGCGAUUGAGGACAGUCACCGAGAAGAUCUACUACCUGAGGCUCCACCAGGACCAUCCUGAGACUGUCUUCCACUUCUGGAUCCGGCUGGUGCAAAUUCUGCAUACGGGGCUGUCCAUCACCACCAAGGACCCAAGGAUCCUUUUCACUCACUGUCUGGUACCCAGGAUCAGCUGCAGCCCCUCAGGAGACUCUCAUGUAAUACAGAAGAAACCCCAAGUCUCCCAUCCCAGCGAGAGCCUCAUGCAGCUGAUGGCCAAGGGGGAGAGUGAGGCGCUCUCUAAGAUUUUUGCUGACUUGCACCAGCACGAUGAGUUCAGGAGCAGCAAAAAGACACAGACCAAAAAGGACAGCUCAGAGAGAGAGACUCACAGAGAGGAUGGCAUCCCUUGCAUCCGUGACCUCAGCUGGAGAAAUUCGCUCACUUAUGGAGAGUGGGAAAGAGAGAACCCCUCUGGGCCGCAGCCCCUUUCACUCCUCAGCACCCUGGCAGCCUCCACAGGGCUACAGCUGGCCCCGCUCAUAUAG